GCGUCACUUCCGGUCCGGUCCCCCGAGGAGCCCGCCUCCGAAAGAGAAAUGUUCCACCUUCCUUGAGACAACCCGAGAGGGUCCUCGCGGGAUUUCGGUUCGGCUUUCUCAAUUCGGAUCCUGUGGGUGUGACAGGAGGAAGGAUGACUGCGCUUUGUAGUUCCUGAUCCGGAACUAGUUUCUCUGGAAACCCGGAAGAAGUGAUUGGCGCGCGUGAAGCGUGUUCCUUGUUCAGGAGUGGAGAACCACAAGGCGUGAGCGACAAGUAGUGCUUCAGGUGCUCUCCAAGUUCUUGGUUAUGGAGUAUUUGGCUCAUCCUGGUACACUCAGCUUGGCUGCUGGAGUUGCUUGUGGCAUAUGCCUGGGCUGGGGCCUCCGGGGUCACCUUGGCGUGUUACCCCAGAACUCAACAAGUGAGACAAAUAGAGACACCAAGACAGAAACCGAAGCAAGCAUUCCUGGGGAGAGUGGGGAGUACAAAAUGAUUCUUGUGGUUCGAACUGACCUAAAGAUGGGAAAAGGGAAGGUUGCUGCCCAGUGUUCUCACGCUGCUGUUUCUGCCUACAAGCAGAUUCAGAGGAAAAACCCUCAAGUGCUCAAAGAGUGGGAGCACUGUGGGCAGCCCAAAGUGGUGGUCAAAGCUCCAGAUGAAGAAACCCUCAUCGAAUUACUGACCCAUGCGAAAGUGUUGGGACUGACUGUAAGUUUAAUCCAAGAUGCUGGACGUACUCAGAUUGAACCAGGCUCUCGAACUGUCCUGGGAAUUGGGCCAGGACCAGUAGAGCUAAUUGAUGAAGUUACUGGCCACCUAAAACUUUAUUAGAUGAACUUUUGUGUAAUGGUGAUUCUGUCUGAAAAGUAUGAAGCCUGUCAGUAAUAAAAGCUUAAUUCUUGCUCCACUUUAAAA